AGGUCUCGUGCCGCAACGAAAACGCCAGACACGACUCUAGGAGGCCGUUGGAACGAUUUUUUCAAAGGCCUGCGCGACGCUGCGCUGUCCUGCGACGCACAGCACGCGCUGGGGCCGCCGCAGCCGGAUCCAAUCGAACCACUUUAAAAAACAGGCCAAACAAAAGCCAUGCCGGGACGCGCUAGGAGUAAUAGCUUCAAGGUCUGCGCCGCCCUGCUGGCCGGCGGCGCGAAGGCGCUCGUCGCGCCGCAGCAGCCGCGUUCAAAAGCCACCGCAUUACGUGCGGCGAUGAGCGAACCCGAGGAAAGCCCAGAAGCAUGUAGAGCCAGAGCCCUAACGGAAGAAUACGCCGAGACCAAGACGAGCGACGACGCCGUCUUCGCGGAGCUCUGGGAGCGCGUCUCCAAGUCUAGGAGUGACGCCGUCCGGCAGGACCGAUUAACCGCCUCAAACUGGAGGAGGGGCGCCCACGACCGAUUAGCUGCCGUGGAGCUCGAGGACACGCGGGUCUGCCAAACUAGAUUAUCUGGACGGACAGUGGCCUUCGGCACGGCGGCCGGCAUCGUCGUGUUAGUAGACCUCGAGGCCGGGACCGUCUUAGACGGCUUCGACGCGCAUACGGAUGAGAUCACGGCCCUGGAGUGGGCCGGGUCGGAAAAGCUCAUCUCCGGAGGCGCGGACGGCGCGGUAGUCGUCUACAGCCCGUCGCGGUGCGGCGAAUCGUCGUUGUUUGAAUUAGUAGAAGUUGAUGAUUUUGAGGACGACUUCGACGAAGACGAGGAGGACGCUGGAGUACUAGAUUCUUUAUAUGAUGCCCUGGACGCGCUGCAAGACGGCCACGACGCCGACGCCGACGCGGCGCUCGCACGGGCGGCGCUCUUCGGCGGCGACUACUACCCCGUCCCAAAAGAUGAUAGGAUCAUCAUCGAGCACCAGCGGGACCGGGCGGACGUCGCCGACGUACUUGGGGAGAUGACCGAGGCGCCCGAAUCGGACGGCGAGCCCGACGUUGUACUAAGGGGCCAUUCGGCGCGGGUGACCGGAGUCCGCGCUUUGGACGCGAAAGCGUCAAAAGUACUAUCAGCUUCCUUGGACCGGCGGGUGCUGCUCUGGGACGUCGAGCAGGGCGACUGUCGAGAGGUCGCGGUCGCGCCGUCGGCCAUCUGCUGCCUCGCGGUGGCGGACGGCGUCGCGGUCGUAGGGUUGUUGGACGGUUCCGUGGAGGGCUACGACCUCGAGGAUGGCUCUAGGGUUUUCAGGCUAGAGGACGCGCACGAGGGCGCCGUCCGCAGCGUCCACUUCGGCGACGAUGGCGCUUCGCCGCUCGACGACACCGACGCCGGGCCGCGCGGACGGUUGCUGUGCACGGGCGGCGCCGACGGCGUCGUCAAGUGCUACACCAUGCGCGGUGGCGCCGACGGUGAGCCUUUGCAACCACAGAAGGCCGAUGGCUGCCCCCUCGAAGCUGAGGACGUGCCGAUUCACUUUCGCGGGAGGCGUUCCGGAGCCCACGCGCUCCGGGGCCACGCCGGCGCCGUCGUCGCGGUGCAGGCCGACGACACCAAAUUGGUCUCGGCGUCCAUCGACGGGUCGGUCCGGUGCUGGGACCUGCGGACGGGCGCGCAGCUGUUUGCGCUCGACGGCCACUCGCGGCACAUCACGUCCUUGCACUUCGAAGGACCUUUGUUGGUGAGCGAUGGGACUGGAGGGAAUGUGGUGGUGCAUGACUUCUCGGGCAAGGUGCGGAGUUGACCCUUCGUAGCCAUUUGAUUAUAAGCUGUGUUCAUACU